CAACACAAGCAGGAACACACAAAGAAACAGACGCCGACCAAUCAAGCACAUAGCCAAGACAAGCAAAUCGUCCAUGGGAGUGGGGAUGAAGCGCGCGAGAGAGGAGGAGCCCGUGUCGCUGGCGCUGUCGCUAAGCACGGAAUCGACGACGUCGACCACGACAUCGGGGGACUCGGCCGGGGCGGUGACGCAGAAGAAGAGGGCGCGGCGGGGGAGACCGGUGGCCACGUCGGGAGAAGGAGAGUUCGUGUGCAAGACGUGCGGCCGGGCAUUCGCGUCAUUCCAGGCGCUGGGCGGGCACCGGACCAGCCACCUCCGCGGCCGCCACCACGGUCUAGAGCUCGGCGUUGGCGUCGCGAAAGCAAUCAGGGAGCAGAAGCGGCGAGAGGACAAGCAGUCGCACGAGUGCCACCUCUGCGGGCUCGGCUUCGAGACGGGCCAGGCGCUCGGCGGCCACAUGAGGAGGCACCGCGAGGAGGUGGAGCUCAGAGGCGGCGUUGAUCAGUGGGUCGUCGCGCUGCAGGAUCAGCAGGUCUCGGGGCACGCUACCGACAAGACGCCCGUCUUGCUCGAGCUGUUCGUCUAGCUGGAUCUGUCUUUAGAAUGCAGUAGCAUCGUUUGUUCGACCUUUUGACGCUGCGUUUGAGGAUUUUGCUGAUUACCGUUUUGGCUAGCUAGUCGAAUUUCGCUGUAGAUUGGUCCAUUCUUUCUUGGACCAUCUGGAAUUCUGGAUCACGUAUUCAGUUGCACUUGUAAAUAAUUAGGACAAAUUCCUUUGUUCUCUGACUAACAUACC